GUUAGGAUCUGGUAUGCCAUCUAUCGCAGGAUGGAAGGGAGUCGUCCGUGCUUUGUUCUGUUUCGGACAGGAGGGAAGCGAGAAGGGCAUGAAAUAAAAGAAAGACUCAGAAAUUCCUCUAUUGCUUUAUCGCCAUACGCCAUGAAAUAAUUGAAGGGAAGGGGUCCGCGAUUUUUUUUUCUUUUCCUUUUCACCACUGCGCUCUCUCUCUCUCUCUCUCUGUAAAAUCCCUGUUCUUUCUUCCGGAUUUUCUUUUUGCUGAAAAGUUAGGAGUUGUGGAAGAAUACUAUCACCAUCUCCACCAAAUAAAAAAAAAAUACUAAAGAGAGAUAGUAGGAACUUCUCCUGCUCCAAGUUUUUAUCUUGAAGAGCUCUGGCACUGAUUUUUCGUGCAAUAGUUCUGGCGGCUUUAGAUCUGGUCGGUGGCCUAGUUAUGAAUCCUUUGAUUUUUAGUGUUUGGUUAAGUUUACAGGGUUGAGCCAUCAACUCCAGAGGUCAAACAUGGUGGGAAGGAGUUCUAAACAUCCGUAAAGAAUCAAGGUUGUUCGAGUUCAAAUCGGCGCAGACCAUCUUUCUUUUAGUUUCUGAGGAAUAUAAGGUUUGACGAGAUGGAAGAUGUGGGCGCUCAAGUCUUUCCGCCCAUUUUCAUUCAUCAGGCACUGCCUGGUCGAUUCUGUGAAGCACCUGCCAUGGCAAAGAAGCGCGAUCUGCCAUGGCAAAGCCCUAACUUUCAGCAGCAGCAGCAGCAGCACCAACGUUUUAAUUCAGUCUUUCAAAGCUCCAAGGGAAAUUGGAACCCUAGCAGUUGGGAUUGGGACAGUAUGAUGUUUGUUGCCAAGCCCUCAGAGACAGAGGUUCUUCAUUUGGGGACUGCCGCAGUCGUUGAAUCUGAACAAAAGAAGAAAGGAGAAGAAACCUUGAAGAAUCUGGUUGUGAAGAAGGGCUCUGUGGAUGAAGACGGGGAGAAGCUUACUUUGAAGCUUGGUGGGGGCUUGUAUUCAGUGGAUGAAUCUGCGGCAAGGCCCAAUAAACGUGUUCGAUCUGGAUCUCCUGGUAGUGGCAACUAUCCAAUGUGUCAAGUAGAUGAUUGUAAAGGAGAUCUGUCCAAUGCAAAGGACUAUCACCGUAGACAUAAAGUAUGCGAAUUUCACAGUAAAACCACCAAGGCUCUUGUAGGCGGCCAGAUGCAGAGGUUCUGCCAGCAGUGUAGUAGAUUUCACCCACUUUCAGAGUUUGAUGAGGGCAAGAGAAGCUGUAGGCGAAGACUUGCUGGACAUAAUCGGCGAAGAAGGAAAACCCAACCAGAGGACGCUUCCUCAAGGCUGUUGGGGCCUGGAAACCGGGAGAACUCUGGUACUGGGAACAUGGAUGUUGUUAAUCUGCUAACUAUUUUAUCUCGGCUACAAGGUAACAAUGUGGACAGAAGUGCCAAUGCUUCAUCAUUGCCAGAUAGAGAACGGCUUAUCCAGAUUCUUAACAAGAUUAAUGCUUCACCCAUUUCUGGAAAUUCUGGGCCAAGGUUGCCUGUACCUGGUAGUUUUGACUUGAAUGUUUCACAAGAAGCUUCUUCAGACAAUCUAAACAAAAUAAAUGGAAAUACAUCUUCUCCCUCCACCAUGGACUUGCUUGCUGUUCUAUCAGCUGCCUUGGCAGCAUCUAACCCUGAUGCUCUUGCACUUCUGUCUCAAAUAAAUAACCAUAGUUAUGAUGGUGAUAAAAGUAAAUUGAACUCCCUUGACCAAGCUGAUGGUUCACGAUUACAGAACAAGCCAAUUUCAAGGUACACUUCAAUUGGAGGAGAAAGAAAUAAUGGCACCUUUCAAUCUCCAGUGGGGACUCCAGAUUGCCAUGCCCAAAUUCCUAAAUCAAGUUUACCAUUUCAACUGUUUAGUUCCUCUCCUGAGGGUGGUAGCCCACCUAAACUGGGAUCUUCCAGGAGGUAUUUCUCCUCGGAAAGUAGUAAUCCAAUGGAAGAGAGGUCUCCUUCAUCUUCUCCUGUUGUGCAGAAACUAUUCCCUCUGCAUGCUGAAACAGAAAUUUUGAAGCAUGAAAGAAUGUCAAUCAGUGGUGAGGAUAAUGCAACAGUUGAGACCAGCACAACUCGUGAUUGGACUUCACCUCUGGAACUCUUUAAAGGGCAAAAUGGAAGGGUCGGAAAUGGUUCAGUUCAAAGUCUACAGUAUCAAGGAGGAUACACUUCUUCAUCUGGAUCAGAUCACUCGCCUUCUAGUUCAAAUUCUGAUGCUCAGGACCGCACUGGAAGAAUUAUUUUUAAACUAUUUGACAAGGAUCCUAGUAAUUUCCCUGGCACACUACGCUCACAAAUCCUUAAUUGGCUAUCUCAUAGUCCAUCAGAGAUGGAGAGUUACAUUAGGCCUGGUUGUGUGGUUCUUUCAGUUUAUGUAUCAAUGCCUUCUACCGCCUGGGAGCAUUUCCAGAAAAACCUUUUUCAUCUUGCCAAAUUACUAGUUCAAGGUUCGGCUUCUGAUUUUUGGAGAAAUGGGAGAUUUUUGGUUCAUACAGACAGGCAGCUAGUGUCACAUAAGGAUGGAAAGAUCCGACUAUGCAAAGCCUGGAGAACAUGGAGUGCUCCGGAGCUAAUCUCUGUUUCACCUUUGGCUGUUGUUGGUGGAGAAGAGACAUCUCUGGUGCUGAAAGGUCGAAAUCUGACAGCUCCAGGCACCAAGAUUCAUUGCACUUAUUUGGGAGGGUAUAAAACAAAGGAAGUUCCAGGAUCAACCUACCAGGUGGCUAUGUAUGAUGAUACAAGUUUCGAGAGAUUCAAGUUUCCUGGUGGAGCUCCUGGCGUCUUGGGUCGCUGUUUCAUAGAGGUAGAGAAUGGUUUCAAGGGCAACUGCUUUCCUGUUAUAAUUGCCGAUGCUACCAUUUGUCAAGAAUUAAGAGGCCUUGAGUCCGAGUUUGAUCAAGUUUCUAGAACAGCUUGCAUCGUUACAGAAAAUAAGUUUCAGGAUUUAGGGCGGCCACAGUCCAGGGAGGAUGUUCUGCACUUCCUAAAUGAGCUUGGAUGGCUAUUCCAAAGGAAGAGCAACCCUUCUAAGCCAGAGGGUCCCAAUUUCUCCCAUUCACGGUUCAAAUUUAUCUUCACCUUUUCAGUUGAGAGAGACUGGUGCGCUGUGGUUAAAACGCUCCUGGACAUCCUAGUGGAAAAAAACUUGGGUCCAGAUGGGCCACCGAAAGCAUCCAUAGAGUUGCUGUCGGAUAUCCAACUCUUGAACAGGGCAGUGAAGAGAAAGUGCAGGAACAUGGUUGACUUACUUAUCCAUUAUUCUGUGACUCUUGGUGACAACACCAAGCAAUAUCUUUUCCCCCCAAAUUCGGUGGGACCAGGUGGUGUGACCCCCUUACAUUUGGCUGCAUGCAUACAAGGUUUGGAGGAAAUAGUUGACUCUCUCACAAAUGACCCGCAACAGAUUGGAUUGAAGUGCUGGAAUUCUCUACCUGAUGCUAAUGGACAGACUCCAUUUACAUAUUCCUUGAUGAGGAACAACCACUCCUACAACAGGAUGGUGGCCAGGAAACUUGCAGAAAGAAAACGUGGUCAGGUCUCAAUACCAGUUGGAGAUGAGAUCUCACUGGAUCAAUCGUGGAUAAUAGAUGAACAAGCUGACAAGCCGCUUCCUGAAACAUUGCAAGGGCGGCGAUCUUGUGCCAGGUGUGCAGUUGUGGCAACAAGGUACUAUAAGCGGAUGCCAGGUUCACAAGGCCUACUUCACCGCCCUUACGUCCAUUCUAUGCUGGCAAUUGCAGCUGUGUGUGUCUGUGUGUGUUUAUUCCUUCGAGGCUCCCCUGAUAUAGGCUCUGUUGCCCCCUUUAAGUGGGAGAAUUUGGAUUACGGGUGGAGCUAAAUUGGUAACAGGCUGGAAAGAAAAUGGAAUAGAAAAAAAGGGAGUGGAAAUACCCAGAAAGAAAAGGAGGGUAGCGGAAGGGUUACCUAUUUUGCUUCAGAUUCUGCCUAUUUCUUAUUUUGCUAAAACCUGAAAUGGGUUCUGUUGGUCUUGGGAAGUGGGAAUGUUUUACGUUUAAUCCAUUUGUAAUGGAGGAUAGACUAGACAACGAACUUUUGCUCUGGGUGGAUGGGGUGGGGGCUUGCUCUGACUCCCACUUUUGUAUAGGGAUUGGUAUAUCAUAGUACACUAAGAAUAUGACCAAAAGGCCCUUGGAAAGGGCAACUGUCAACUGUCGAAUAGAUAAAACAUCCAAAUGCAUGCGGAAGGGAGAAGCAAACUUUUAAGGGAAGAAAUGUUCCAAAGGUAAAAACGUCCGCGAGAGAAAGCCCGCUCCUAAGGCCAGGACCCAGAAGGAAAGCGUAAACAAGGUAACUUGUUUCGUUUUGUUUUUUGGUUCACUUUUCUUUAUAAUUUGUUUUUUUUUUUUGUAUUAAUUAACAUAGGAAAAGAAAGUAUUCAUGUGGAGGGCUACAGUUGAGAAACUGACCAUGAAUUUUUGUCAUUGUAAAAUCUUUAGACUGGGGGAUGGAAAACUAACAUAAAUAUACAUUAUUAUACGCAUAAUGUGUUAAGUCAAAGAUACAGAAAAAAAAAAGAUCUUUGACAUGAUAUUUGCAUUCGUUAUAGACCGACAUUUUUAUGUCC